AGUUUCAGAAUGUCAAGAGGUAAGAGGAACUAACACCUUCAUCUCCGUCUGUCGGUCUGUCUUUUCGAUCAAUAUUUUCUACCUGUGUGUGUGUGUGUGUGUGUGUGUGCUGUCAUUUUGCUUUCUAAACCACACACUCACCUGCUCUCUGCGCCCCACACUGUGUUAAGUUUCUGAGUUGGUUGCUAUAGGAGCUCAGUCACAUCACAAACUGUAGAAAAACACUUGCGAGGGCCGUGCUUCCCCUUCCCGUCGUCAGCAUAAGAAACAGCCCACACCGGACGCCACCAGCCCGUGCAGACAUUCAAACAGAACCCACAAUCCACGUGCACACGCUGACAGGUCUCUGCCACUCGAGUGGGACAGAGGAGGUUUGCUGUUGACCCCGUUUUUGCGCUGCACAGCUGGAGGAGUGUUUGUGCGUCAGUCUGCUGUGGAGCUGCAGGAGCAUGUGGUCGCUGGUGGUCACUCCGGGCUCUGACCUCGCCCCUCCAUCCACGCUGAUCGUUUAGGGGGAGACGAACCAGGUAAUUGCACAGUUUGUCGGGUUAGGGAGAUCGUAUCUGUGAGGCGGUCACGCUGCUGUACUUUGUGUGAACAUUUGUGAUCAAAGUCAUGCUUCACAUUUUGCUGAUGACAGGGGGAUCUGUUAUGAAAUCCUCUUUCACUUAGCAUGAAAAUGUAUCAGUAUGUACACGUUACGAAUGUCAUGUUACGGGCAUUGUUGAAAUCAAAUUAGGUUGUUGUCAUGCAGGCAAAAUUCGAUCACUGCUGCACUAUUUGAUUAUUGGAAACGUCAUCGGGGUUUUGAUUUUAAGACUGAAAUGUAAGAGUUUGAGAACCGGAUCAAAUGGGUUUUGAUAUUGUCAAAAAUGUCCUUUACACAAGAGCACUGAGAAAAUGCAAGUCGCCAGUGUAUUCUCUCAAGUUACCAUCAACCUGCGGACCAUUUCCCUAAAUUCAAGUCUGACAACAUUGUGCAACUCUUCACUGCACAGGUUAACGCGAGGGGAUCCGUGUGCUGACUGUGGCAGACCGAUCGGCCCCAAACUGCCGAUGUGAGUCAGUGAGUCAAAACUGGUGAAAUUUACAGUAAAGCAGCAAAAGCGUCUCUCUCUUCCCCCUCUGGGGCCGCCGGAGGAACGGUGGGGUCUCGCCUUGAUGGCAGAAGGAAGGGCGAUGCUUGAGUGAUAAGCAGACUAAAUGCUGUCUUUCUUCCACAUGUUACCUGCUGCAAUCUUUGACCAGACAGAGACUCCUCUGAUUUCAUUUGGGCAUCCAGCAAAAGAAAACAUGUUCACACCUAAAGAAAGCCGUAAAAUCACCGGAAAAUAGGGCAGCAAUUUAGCGAGUAAGCUACCGGCUACUGUAUCAAAAGAAUACAGCAAUUUACUGUAAUCAAAGUAUACAGUCAUUUUCUGUAAUAUUUUACAGUCAGCAAUAUACUGUACAAAAAGGAUCAGAUGCCCUGCAGCCUUUUUCCAGAAGGUGUUCAGUGUGUGAGCGACGAGAUGAAGGAUUGAUCGGGUGUUGUCGAGUUAUACGGAAAUGACUCUGAACGCGUCCGGAGCGUGGGGGGAGUCCCUGGUCAACUCGUCCUCACGGUGUGGACACAGCAUGAUCAGCUGGGAGCAGCGCAUGGACAAGAUGUACACCUACUUCUACCUGCUGCUCUUCAUCCCCGGGCUGCUGCUCAACACCACCGCUCUCUGGGUCCUCUGCAGACACAUUAGUAAGAAGACCAAGGCGGUGAUCUUCAUGAUAAACCUGGCGGUAGCGGACCUGGCCCACAUCCUCUCUCUGCCCCUUAGGAUCUAUUAUUACUUCACACACACCUGGCCCUUUGGACGAGGCGUCUGCUUGUUCUGCUUCUACCUCAAAUACCUCAACAUGUACGCCGCCAUAGUGUUCCUGAUGUGCAUCAGCAUGCAGAGGUGUGUCUUCCUGCUCAACCCGUUCGCCGCACGCCGGUGGAGGCGGCGCUACGACCUGGCGAUCAGCAUCGUAGUCUGGGUGGUGGUCGGCCUGGCCUGCUCGCCGUUCAUCCUGAUGCGGAGCAGCAGCAGCUCCACCAGUCCCGACGUGGGCGCACAGGCAGUCUACAACGCAUCCUAUUCUCUGGAUGCCACUUCUACCCAGCAUCCCUCAGGUUACACCGAGCUUCAUGCACCACCCUCGAGUGCGAGCCCCGCCAGGGACUCCAGUACCGGCUGUUUCAAGGACCUGCCCAUGCGUCGCCUGCCGGUCUCUCUGGCGGUCACCAUGAUGGCUCUCGCUGAGCUGUUUGGUUUCCUCAUCCCCUUGGCCUGCAUCAGCUACAGCUCCAUCCGCAUCGCCCACUCUCUCAGCCAAACGCAGACGCAGGGUCAGGAAAACCCGGCGCCACGCGGGCGGCUCCAGUCGGUCACCACCAGCUGCCAGUCGGACAAAUACCAGGAAAAGCAGACAAACGCCGAGAAGCAGCGCUCUCUGCGAAUGGUGCUCAGCUGCUCAGCCCUCUUCUUGAUCUGCUUCGCCCCCUACCACAUCAACUUCCUGCUCUACCUGAUGGUGUCGCAGGACAUCGUGUCCCACUGCGCGACCAAGCUGGCCGUGCGUCAGUUCCACCCGGUGUCCCUGUGCCUGGCCAGCCUGAGCUGCUGCCUCAACCCUCUGCUUUAUUACUUCGUGACAGCCGAGUUCAGGCUGCACCUCACCAGGCGCACCUCCUCCUUCACCGCCUCGCUCCUCUCCUCCCCGAUCAGCUCCCCGACCCAGCGCCCUGCGCAGCACAGACUGAUGAGCAUGGAGAGUAGCUGCUCAGACAGGGAGUAGCGUUAUUAGCAGGCGCCGGGGGUUGUUUUUCACGAUUAGGGGGUCGCGGCUGGUCACAAGAGGGGUCUUUGUUUUUUCCUCAAGUAAUGAAACAGACAAAGCAUGAUUUCACGUGUCACAGCUGUCCGAACACAAACUGGCCCGCAGAGCUUUGAUCUCAAUGUGAAGAGCCUUCAUAUGCAAACCAGCAGAUCUUCAAUCAGCUACAGAAAGGAUGUCUGUGUUUCAUAACGCUGUGAUGAUAUCCACGUGAGUAUCAUCACAGCGGCCUCCUGUACAUAAGCUACAUCAAUGUUGUUCAUGUUUAGGAAACGCGCGACAACUUUAAAUAAGCUAUAUGUCAUAAAUGUGUAUACGUAAAUGCAUGUUGUGUGAAUAAAAGCGCUGUCCGUCUCCUCUGGUGCUGUGAUGUUUGUGUCGCUUCAUAAUGAGGCUUCCUUCAAGCCAAAACAGGUGCCGACUCAUUUCGGCUCUACUUCCUCUCGCAACGAAGAGCGCUGGAGGCAGUUGGAAGCAGUUGCGGCAGCUUCGACAAACCAGUAACCGCCAGACACUGAGGUCGGCUUUUUAACUGAAAAGUCAGCCUUCCUCCCCUCUCUUACAUCUGCUAAGCCCAAGUCU